AAGCCGGCCCGGCCGGCUGCUCUGUUGGCCGCCAUUAGCGGACUGUUGGCGCGGAGUUGUGGUGGUCGUGCUGAUCGCCCCCCUUUUUAGCUUUUCGCGGUCGCAUCGUGUUGACAGCGAUGCCCAACACCUGCUGCGUGCCGGGCUGUCAUUCUGGAUACAAGGGCACCGUCGAAAAAGUUUCCCUGUUCUGUUUACCAGCCAACGCAGAACAACGCGUCAGGUGGAAACGUGCGAUCCCGCGACAGGAGACUGCCGGAUUUUCGUUCGAAUCAAAGUACGCUCGCGUGUGUGAAAAACAUUUCGACGCCAGUGACAUUGUACGUGCGGACGUGUGCACUGUGAACGGAGACAUCGUUUCGCUGCCCCGAGAACGACCGAGACUGGUGGAAGACGCCGUACCAAGGAUUUUUGAAGGUUUGCCUUCCUACCUCUCGAAACCAAAGCAGCGUUCGCGUGCAACGAAGGGCCCACCUCUAAAAAGGCCGCGAGAGCUUUCUCCGGAUUGUGAUGCGACAGUCGCGAAUGCAGACGUCUCCAGUGCAGCCGACAAAGAAAUCGAAGAUGUUGUGAGAACUGAGAAUCGCAAUGGCUACGCUGAUGCAGAGUGUCAAACAGAGGUCACCGUUUGUUCAGCGUCGGAGCUACAGAGAGUGAAGGCCCAACUUCGCAGCGUGAAGCAACAGCUUCAGUCAUGUCAGCGGAAACUCACAAAAGCGGAGGCGCACGCGAAUAGAAAGAAUGGAGUGUAUGCAGAUAUUCACAAGCUUUCAGACCGCGAGAAGCUCAUUAUAGACCAGUGCAUCAUGAAAGCAAAUAUGAAGUCUGCGAAAGCAGCACGGUAAGAUCCGGUUUGUAAAGUUUGUGUGUGUGUGCAAUUUUAUGUGAAGUGCGAUGUUCGGUGCGCAUUCGUUUGCUUUCUGGAUAUUGACAGAAACUACUAAGUGAAGCCGUGGGACAAAACGCAAUAUUUUGUUUUACUUUGAUGGUGCUGUUUGCUUGAGCUGUAGCAGAAUCGUGACCACAAAAAUUGCAUUUUAUUUAUUGCAGGUAUAAAAAGGAAUGGCUUUACGAUUGUUUACUGCUGAAAAUCAAAUCCACAGCAGUUUAUACAUUUCUUCACGAGAAUAAUUUUCUGCCUCUACCACACCCUCGCACACUCUACUCCUAUCUGAAAAAUCUGAAGGCCGGCUUCGGAUUUGAUGAAAAUUUAUUUGACAUCCUCAAAGACAAAGUGGAAAAGAUUCCAAAGAGAGAACGGCGAGGUUUUUAUCUUUUUUUUUCUUUUGCAUUUGAUUUUUCUGGACUCUAGGUAAAGAGCUGAAAUAUUUUUUUUUCUUUAGGUGUC